AAUCCCAAGGCCUCUUUCCCUCGGAUUUUUCAAAUUUCUCUGGUUUCAUUGUUCUGCUGCUUGGCUUUUCUUGGUUCUAGUCCAGACCAGGCCGGUUCCACGUACAUUAGGGCAGCGAUUUCCGGUCCGUUUCCCGUGUUCCGUGACUGAAUCGAUACCACGCGAUAAAAAUGGUUCCCUGGGGUCUCAUUGUCAGCGUCGCGGCGUACGCGGCAUUCCCGCAGCACCGCACGGUUAUCGUCGCGGUUAGCGCCGUCGGGAGCCUGGUGCGCGGCGGCAAGAAGAAGGGAAAGGCCGUGCGGCACAAGUCGUUCGUCGCCGGGGACCCCGACCGCGGCGUGAAGCUCGAAUGGAGCAGCAUCACGUGCCAGCUGCUCGAUAAGAAGGGCAACGAGGUGAAGAAGCUGCUGGACGGCUUGAAUGGGAGCGCGAGGCCCGGUCGCCUGCUGGCGAUCAUGGGGCCGUCGGGGUCGGGCAAGACGACGCUGCUCAACACGCUGGCCGGCCAGCUGCCCAAGAGCAGCAAGAUCGCCCUCUACGGAUCCAUCCGCGCUAAUGGCGUCCCCAUCGCCGAUUCAUGGCACAAGCAGGUGUACGUGCGCCAGGAGGACAUCUUCUUCUCGCAGCUCACGGUGCGAGAGACCCUGGUGACGGCGGCGAAGCUGCAGCUGCCGUCGUCCAUGUCGGACGAGGAGAAGGAGCAACACGUGGAGCAGCUGCUGCAGCACCUGGGACUGGUGAACGCAGCAGGCACGAUCGUGGGCGACAACAAGACGCGCGGCAUCAGCGGCGGCGAGAAGAAGCGGCUGUCGAUUGCCUGCGAGCUGCUGGGCAACCCGUCCGUGGUGUUCGCAGACGAGCCCACCACGGGGCUGGACGCGUACCAGGCGGAGAAGGUGAUGCAGACGCUCAAGGACCUCGCCAAGGAGGGCCGCACUGUGAUCUGCAGUAUCCAUCAGCCACGUGGCAGCGUGUUCGACAUGUUUGAUGACAUCAUGGUGGUUGCGGGCGGCAAGCUCGUCUACUCGGGGCCGGCUGGGGAUGCGUGCCUUGAGUACUUCAAGAAUCAAGGCCACGACUGUCCCCUCCACUCCAACCCAGCAGAGUUCCUCUCAGACCUGGUUGGCACGGACCACACCUCUGCCGACACCGAAGCGCAGUCCGCCGCCCGCAUCCAGCGCCUCAUCCAGGCCUUCGCCGCCCACUCCGCCGCCCAAACCGGCAGCUCCACCGCCCUGGCCGUCUCCCAAGACCUCCAAGCCAGCCUAGCCGACUCCGAGGAGGAAGACGGGGAGGAGGACGGGGAGGGGGGCGGCAAGUCGAAGCGGCGUCUCGGGCUGACUGCAGCGAAGGCAGACGGGGCAGGAGCCGGGUUCUGGCAGCAGUUCAAGAUCCUCCUGGUGCGCGCGUGGCGGCAGACCACCCGUGACCGCGCCACCAACGUGGUCCGAGCCAUGAUGAACCUCACAUCUGCGGCCAUCUUCGGAUCCAUCUUCUGGCGCAUGGGGUUUGGGCAAACGACCAUCCAGGACCGCAUGGGUCUGCUCCAAGUGGCGGCUAUUAACACCGCCAUGGCGUCGAUCACCAAGACGCUGAACGUGUUUCCGAAGGAGAGGCAGAUUGUGGAGCGGGAGCGAGCGAAGGGCGCGUAUGCAGUGGGCCCGUACUUCCUCUCGAAGCUUGUGGCCGAGCUGCCGGUCACAGCGUUUUUCCCGGCGCUGUUCUCGAUGGUGUGCUACCCCAUGACCGGUCUGCACCGCACUGUACCCAGGUUCCUCAAGUUCCUUGGCGCCACCACAGUGGAGUCCUUCACGUCGUCAGCCAUGGGGCUCACAGUGGGGUGCAUCGCGCCCACCACCGAGGCGGCCAUGGCGCUGGGCCCCUCCAUCAUGACGGUCUUCAUUGUCUUCGGCGGGUACUACGUCAACGCGGACAACACGCCCGCCAUCUUCCGCUGGAUCCCCAACGCCUCGCUCAUCCGCUGGGGCUUUGAGGCGCUGUGUGUGAACGAGUUCGACGGGCUCACCUUCGAAGCCACCAAGCCCACGGACCUCAAGACUGGCCGGCAGGUGCUGGAGCGCCUGUCGUUCGCCGACAGCUCUGUGGCCAAGUCCGUGCGCAAGGAGGUGCAGAUCAUGCUCGGCUGGUACUGGGCCUCCGCCUACCUGCUCCACAAGAAGACUCCCGAGUUCACCCGCCUGCUGCCGGUGUCUAAGCUUGCAGGCAAGGAGUCUGAGUCUGGCAACGGGGUUGAGGGGGCGGCUGGGAAGAGCAGUGUGGUUAUUGAGGAGGUGAUUGAAGCGAGCGGGGAAGCUGUAACGGCGGCUGAGGUGACUGAAGUGAGCGCUGAAAGUCUGACAACCGCCGAGGUGACGACCACGACCACAACAACCACCACCAUCACCACCGAGUCCGCGAGCACAGAGGUUGAAACCUCGGUCGAGGAAGAAUUUGUUGAGGCUGAGUAGUAGGAAAUCCUUGGGGGGGGUUGUGUGAUCUAUUAUCUCAACAUGGCACUUGCAGUCGCGGUGCCUUUCUCCUUCUUUUACAGUAAUAACAAACAGUUGAUUGCUCAUGCCUGUAGCUAUUAAUAGUCAUAUUUUUGUAGCCACUAAGGCUUUUACUGACUUAUAGAGACUG